CGAGGCUGGAGGACCAGUCAGCUGAUGUCGUGGUGGUAGUCACAGCUGUACGUGGCACUGCGUCGUAACCUCUUAUGGUUUUAAGUGUAUCUCUGCUUCUACAUGAGUCAGUAAACCUCAGCUGAGCACUUGGACCUCCAAGUGACGAUUGGACGCCAGUAUGAGUGGGUUUGAUGAGAUUUUAGGCACUAAAAUCGAAGUCCGGAGGAGAACUUUAGGGAACACCAUUGACAAGGACUUUGCCGACGAUGAUGAUGCCACGUUAGAAACUGACUUGUUUCCUGAGUUUACUAGGUUACUGGAGGAGGAUGUUCCCGGUGACGACGAGAGUGAAGGCUGCCCACUCCCAGGCACCCCAGAGGACGAGUCCCUCAUUGAUGCCAAAGAGGAAGAGGAGUUGCGGCACAGAGUUGUCAAUAGAGAGAGCCAUGAUGACGACCUGGUGCUCAGCUCCAUGGCUCAGAGUGCCUUUGAGACAGCUGAAGAGUUAGUACACAAAGUGUGGGAGGAGGUAGCUAGCUGGAAAACUCAACCUUUUUCAAAAUUACCCAAAUGGCUCCAAGACAAUGAUUAUCUACACCAUUGGCAUAGGCCGCCACUUCCAUCGUUUUCUGCCUGCUUUAAAUCUAUAUUCCGAAUUCACACAGAAACCGGGAACAUUUGGACGCAUCUUUUGGGUAAGUACAUUUGCACUAUUAAUCAUCAUGAAUGUAAUAAUUAAGAGGGUAUUCUUACU